CCAUUGUCGAUAGGAAAUGUCAGCCAUCUUUGGAACGCUCCCUGGCGUUUCUGUAAACGCGAUAUAAGUGCAGCUCCUAUCUACUUGAAUGGGGAAAAACCAAAAUCUCCAAAAUGGUUGGUCAAGAUAACGAUUAAAGAACAUAUUUAAAAUCAUCAGUACAAUCUGACAACACUGGUAACAUAAUUGUGCAUCUUUACCUCAGAUUACGCUAAAAACAAAAAAACGCAUUUCCCCUCUUGUAGCUAAUGCGCAUGCGCGUUCUCGAGUUGCUUUACAGGUGAUGACUGUCGCUGAAAGAUUUCUCCUACUCAUUUUAUUACAAGUGGCCGGUAUCUUUAAAUAGUAAGUCUCUGGCCUGGCUGAGAAUCGCGUUUUGUAAUCAGGACUGUAUGGCUUUCCGUAGAAAGAUCCACCAGAGCAGCUGACUGAGGAACCUACAUGAAUUCAAGCUAAAAUGAGGUUCCGAUUCUGUGGAGAUCUGGACUGUCCAGAUUGGGUCCUUGCAGAAAUCAGCACCCUGGCAAGAAUAUCAAGCGUCAAGAUAAAACUUCUGUGUGUUCAAGUCAUCAAAGAUCUGCUUGAUGAAGGCAUCGAUUAUGACAAAGUUUCAAAACUAACGUCAGAUGCAAAAUUUGAGAUUGGAGACAUCAAAGCCAGUAUAGCAGUGCUGAGCUUUAUUCUGUCCAAUGCUGCGAAGCAUCAUGUAGACAGUGAAUCUCUCUCUAGUGAACUACAGCAGCUUGGCCUGCCUAAAGAGCACACCACAGGACUGUGUAAGUCAUAUGAGGAUAAGCACAACACCCUACAGGAAAAGCUGAGGGAGAGCAGUCUACGCUUGGGUCAUCUGGAAGCUGUGAAUUGGAAGGUGGAUUACACCCUGAGCUCAAGUGAGCUAAAUAAAGUGAAUGAGCCCACAGUGCAGCUCAGACUUCAGGCUCAAAAUCCAGAGACAGACUCCACAGAGACCACUGUUGUGUCAAUCACUGCUGACAAGUUCAGAGUACUGUUAACAGAACUCAAACAAGCACAGACUAUGAUGAAUGCUCUACAGUGAUCCAGUCAUCUUUUGUUGGAUAUUAUUCUUGGAAUAUGCACUGAAUCCAUCUGAUUUUAAAUCUAAAAGUGUUGAACAGAAAAAAUUUAACAAAUGUGCCAUUUUGUACAAUUAAGUUGCAAUAUACAAAAAGGUUUUUGUAGACAACAGAUGAUUAUUUUGUUCAAGGUUUGGUCUCCACUCCAUGGUGAGUCAAAUGUUGUUGCUCAAAUUAAGUAUGUAUUGGACAUAUGGUGACACAGGGUGGGUAUUAUUUGAAACCUCACUUGUCCAACUCUUCUCGUCUGGAAAUAAGGACCGUAGUUGGUUGAUGUGGCCUUUGCAUAUUCUGUGCUGUUUAAAUGACAAAAGGCUUUGUUAUUAAAACCUGAGUUCUUCUAAACCUGAUUUAAAUGUUUGUAUUCACAUUCAGUCUGGACCAGAAGUCACUAGAUACCUGAUUUGCACUUGCUGCCUAGUGUGAGCCAGAGGAUACAAAUAUUAAGCUUCUCGAGUGAUUUGUCUCACCUCAUUGAUUUUCCUUUAUAAUGUUGGUCUUAAAUGUAUUAUUUUUUUUUUCUUUAAUAUAAUUGUCUUUUUAACAUGAAUUAUUUUUUCUCAAUAAAAAUAAAUUAACAACA